UUUGCGCAUUUGGAUAUCGAUGUGCAAAUGAUUUGUUUUGCGAUCAGACGAUUUGGCUGCUAAAGAUCCAAAUGAUUUGUCACACAUUUGCACACGACAGAGAAGUGACAAAUAUUGUCCACAUUCAUUCACACGGUUUAACCAUUUGGUCAUAAAUACUUAAACAGCUGAUCAGUUCUCAACCAUACUUUUGCAUCUGUGAUACAUAUUGUGAGAUUUUAAGUGAAAUAUACAAAAAAUAAUGGAUACGCAAAGGGAAAAGAAACUCGCAGCGAUUAUAUACAUUUGUUAUUAUAUAAAACGGAAAAGAUGUCUUGAAAAGAAUAGUAUUCCUAGAAAGAAAAGAAAUAUGACUCCACGAAGUGUUUGGGUGAACGAAUGGCUCCUUAAAAGGUGCACCGAGGGCGCUUACGAAAAAACUUUGCGCGAGUUCCGGGAAAUAAAUAAUCAAAAAUAUUUGUUUAAAAAUUACUUACGUAUGAACGAAACGACCUUCAGCGAACUUCUUAAAAAGAUUUCUCCAUUUGUAAAAAAGAAUGAUACAAAUAUGCGAAAAGCGGUUCCAGACUGUGAACGUUUGGCUUGUACACUGCGCUUUCUCGCUUCAGGGGACAGUUUUAAAAGCUUAUCUGUAGUUUUUCGUAUUGCGCCCAACACUAUUUCUUUAUUCAUACCGGAAGUUUGUGAUGCAAAUUACAAAACACUCAAAGAUGAAUAUUUGCAGGUAAAUAUACACCCAUUAUAGUAUAAACGAAAAAUUUAAUUUUAGAUUAUUCAUUUCUUAGGUUCCAUCCAAUGAAGAUCAAUGGAAUGAAAUUGCCAGAAAAUUCAAUGAAAAAUGGAAUUUCCCCAACUGCAUAGGAGCAGUUGAUGGGAAGCACAUCCUAAUGGAAGCUCCGACGCGAUGCGGAAGUACCUACUUUAAUUACAAAGGUACUCAUAGCAUAGUCCUAAUGGCUAUUGCAGACGCAGAGUAUAAAUUCGUAUAUAUUGAUGUUGGCUGCAAUGGACGAGUUUCCGAUGGUGGAGUUUUUGGCAAAUCAACUUUCCAGCACGCCUUGAACAUGAAUUCUCUUGGACUACCUUCAUCUAGACCAUUGGAAGGCCGCGAACUUAAUGUUCCAUACGUUUUAGUGGCAGACGAUGCCUUUCGUAUGCAAAAGCACUUACUAAAGCCAUACCCUGGAAGAAAUUUGUCAGCUGGCCAGCGCAUAUUUAAUUAUCGUUUAUCAAGAGCAAGACGUAUUGUUGAAAAUGUGUUUGGAAUAAUGGCCAAACGGUUUCAAGUAUUUUCCCGACCAAUUCGUUUGAAUCCUACUAAAACAACAAAGGUCACCAUGGCUUGCUGUGCUUUGCAUAAUUUUUUGAUAACGAAAUCUUCGAACUAUGUGGAAAGCCAAACUGAUGAGGAAGGCAAUCUAAUACCAAUUGAAUUUAACCAAGUUUCACUUCGACCAGUUCAAGAAGGAACAGUAGAACAGCCAAACAAUUACAUAAGCAAUGAAGCAAAGGAAAUAAGGAGAGAAUUUGAAGAAUAUUUUAUGUCUGUCAAUGGUGAAGUACCAUUCCAAUACAGACAUUUGUAAACUUGUAUAGCCCACGCUCGAAAACGCGGCCAUAAUCAAUUCAUAUUUUAAUUAAUUACACAGGCCUUCGAAAUUAAACCCCCCGCCCCCUCCAAUAAUUAUGUUAUAAUUUUUUUUCCAAAUACUGAGAUAUCUAAAAUUUAAAUACCUCUU